UAAAAAAAAAACUUGCGACGUCCGCUUCAGCUAGCUCUCGAAUCCGAACCUUCUUAUUAUAAUAAGACAAGACACGCGAGAAGCUCUCUUUCUCUCUACCCCUCGGAUACGACCGUCCUUCUCUGUCAACUGGUCAUCCAUCAUCAGCACCAGCAUAUCACAACCUCUCGGCGGCUACAGCCUUACACCCCAACAUCCACAUAGCCUACAAUGGAGGCCGGUAACACGAUGGACGCCAUGGCCGUCAUGAUGUCCGGAAGGGACACUAGAUGGUACCGUGGUCACCUGCUCAAGCUCACGAUGAUCUGUUUCUUAAUCCUCAUCACAUCCAUGACAAACGGAUACGAUGGAUCCAUGAUGAACGGAUUGCAAUCGUUGCCGUACUGGGAAGAUUAUUUCCACAACCCUCAAGGUGGUCUCCUCGGUCUCUUUAAUGCCAUUCAAUCCAUUGGAGGUUUCGCCUCCCUCCCCAUUGCUGGAGGAAUCGCCGAUCGAUUCGGUCGUCGAAUGGGAAUCUUCAUCGGUUGCACUAUCAUGAUCAUCGCAGUAGCUAUCCAGACCGCCGCUCAGGACAUCGGCAUGUUCAUCGGCGCUCGUGCUUUGAUCGGAUUCGGUUUGGGUAUUGCUGCCACUGCUGCUCCGCUGCUCAUCACUGAGAUCGCUUUCCCUGUCCAUCGAGCUCCCAUCACCUCACUGUACAACACGACCUGGUACCUUGGAUCUAUCGUGGCUGCUUGGGCAACUUUCGGUACCUUCCAAUUGACCAACAACUGGUCUUGGCGAAUCCCCUCUGUCCUCCAAGGUCUUCCCUCUAUCAUUCAGAUGCUGUUCAUCUUCUUCAUCCCCGAAUCUCCUCGAUGGCUCGUCAGCAAAGGCAGGGAGGACCAGGCUCGACGAGUCAUCGGGCAAUACCACUGCGGCGGAGACAUGUCCGACCCUCUGAUCCAAUUCGAAAUUGACGAAAUCGAGGCCGCAAUCGAGCUUGAACAACAGGCCAGGUCUGUCACCUGGAUCUCGCUCUUCAGGGACCCGGGCAACUUGAAGCGAAUGCGAAUCAUCAUCGGUCUCGCCUUCUUCUCUCAGUGGUCAGGUAACGGUCUCGUCUCUUACUACCUCAGCAAGGUCCUCAAAGCCGUCGGUAUCACCAAUCCAUUUGAUCAGACUUUGAUCAAUGGUGUGCUCCAAAUCUUCAACUACAUCACCUCGAUCACUUUCGCAUUGCUUAUCGACAAACUCGGUCGACGAGUCUUGUGUCUCGGUGGCAUUGGUUGCAUGAUCGUUUUCUUCACUCUUCAGACCAUCUGCUCUGCUCUUUACGCCGAGUCUGCCAAGGAUGUCAACGCCGCUGGUGACCCCAUCCACCCCAACAAAUCCGCAGGUCACGCCGUCAUCGCCUUCAUCUUCCUCUACUACAUGUCCUACAACGCUGCUCUCAACGGUCUCCUGGUCUCUUACACUGUUGAAAUCUUGCCAUUCUUGAUCCGAGCCAAGGGAUUCAUCAUUUUCUCCUUUGCCAUUGAUCUUUCCCUCAUCUUCAACCAAUACGUCAACCCUAUCGCUCUCGAGAAGCUCGGAUGGAAGUACUACAUCUUCUACUGUGUCUGGCUCGUCUUUGAGUUCGGUUACGUCUGGAUGUUCAUGCUCGAGACAAAGGGCAAGAACGGACCAUUGUCCUUGGAAGAAAUCGCCGCCUUGUUCGAUGGUCAAGAGAAUGCCAUCGUCGCUCGUACACACUUCCAGGACUCCAACAAGCAACAGUUGGAACAGGUCGAGCACUUCAACGAAAAGUACGAAGAUGGUAGAUCACCAGUCACCACCAACAUGUAAAAGGGGGGAAAGUGGGCGUGUCGGCGUGUUUCGUUCAAUUCCUCUUCAUCCGUGGUUUUGUGUUUGUAGUUUGACUCGACGUCUACAUAGCAUCGCACAUGUAUGCAACGUGAGUAAUAGCA